AUGAAAUUCAACAUUGCCACCGUAUCUUUAAUUCUCCUCGCCGCCAGCUCUUUGGCUGUUCCAACUCCAAAUGACUCCAAGGAUUUAGGUAUAGCUUUUGAAAAACGUUCUGGUAAAACCUACGAAGAAGCAAAAGCAAAAAAAGUCGAUACUAAAGCGAAAAAGACUACUAAGAAAGAGAACGAACAUGAAAAGACCAAGGCAAAUAUUGCAAAGAAUGCUAAACACACAAGCUCGAAAGAGAACAAAGCUGAAACGAGCGAAAAACAUGGUGCAAAGAAGAGUUCUCAUGCUGAUUUGAAAGUGAAUCACGACAAAGUGAAAACGCAACAUGAUGAAAAGAAUUUUGGCCACAAAAAUGAGAAAUUGCAACAAGAUGAAAGGCAUAAGCAAAACGGAUCAAGGAAAAGCGAAGAGGGAGAAAUUACUAACAAAGAUGGUGGAAAAAAGAAAUACAAAUCACAUGAAGAAACUUAUGGCUCUGUGAACGAGAAACACACAAGCAAGAAGUUGAAUCAAGAUACAUACCACGAGGAACAUGACAAAACCCACAGGAAGAAUAACAACGCAGAAGCUAAAUUUUCAUUCGAAAGCAUGAAAUCGAAAGAAAAGAAGGCGAAAGAUACUAAAAAGAAGGCUUAG